AGUAUUUAGGUUUAUUUCACACGAUCUGCUGUAUAAGGUUUGCUCCAGUAACACAAUAUAACACAGGUUUAAAAGGCAAUACUUCGAGUAGUUUUAUUGAGACAGCUCGUUUUAUUCAGGUGGCUCGUGCGGAAGUAGUGAAGUGUGAGGGGGGGUUUGUGCACCACAUUACUCUGGAUGAGCAAGAAUGGCGCUACACAUCGACCUAAAGCUCACUCUGCUUCUCAUCAUGGCAGUGUCAGCUUCUUUGCCAGCUCCACAGAAUGUAAAAAUGAUAGCAAUGGAUAUGAACUACAUGCUGCACUGGGACUGGAAUUACACACAGCUGGAAAACCCAGUCACAUUCACCACUGAUUAUGUCUACUGGAAUGUCCAAGACAAUGAGAGCAGCUAUAAGCGGGCAUGUGAAGGUUCCAGUGAGUGUUGGUGUGAUUUCACACCCAGUGGCCUGUAUUUUUCAGGAUCGUUUCUGCUUAGAGUCAGAGCCGAGGCUGGGCUCCAGCAUUCCAACUGGACAACGAAGAGGUUCACACCUGAUGAGGAUGUGCUGCUAAUGUCACCCAGCAGUGUGAGUGUGAAGGCAGACAGAGAUGUGUUGACUCUCACGAUAUCCAAGACAGUCAUGAGCGAUGUAAUGAAGGACCUAAAAUACAGGGUGCAAUACUGGGAGAGGCUUAAACCUGAACAGAAACACGUGGCAGAUUAUGACAGUACACACGCUCCACUGAGCUCACUGAAAUCCUGGACUGAAUACUGUGUGCAAGUUAGCGUCUUCAGUCUGGAAUAUAGCAAGAGCAGCAAUUACACAUCUCCACAAUGUGUGUCCACAACAGGUCAGCCCUUGGUGUGGCUAAUUAUUCUCCUUGUGCUGUGCAGUAUUCCUCUUUUAGGAGCAUUUUUAUACAAAUGUCACAAAUUCAGAAGAAAAUUUUCAGUAUUUACAGCACCUGAGAGCAUACAUGCUUUUCCACCUGGUCCCUUGCUCCUAGAAGUGCAGGAAGAGUAUUGCACAGUAGCACUUGUGAUCACACCUGCCAUCCAGCCGACACACACGCUGGAGGAAGAGCAAGAACAGGAACACGACCCAGAACUCCAGGCUCCGGAGUUCACAGACAACUGGAGUGCUGGUUCUGUGCAGGACUCGGGUUUCGGCCCAGGACUAGAGAGCUGAAGUGGGUUUCCCAAAAGCCUCUUAACGCCAAGAGCAUCUUAACUAGGAGAGAGAGUGUUCAUUGUGAUGCUUGCUCUACCAUUUAACGGUGAUCUUUGAACUACGAUGCUUUUGGGAAACCCACCCCUGAUCAGUUACAAGGAGCUUCAGUCUUAAAAUCUGUUGAAAAGUUAAAAUGUAGUGAAUAGAUACUAUGAAAUCAGGAAAGGUUAAUGAACAAAGCCAUCAUCCUGGACAGAUUUUGCUCUGUCAGUCUACUGAGGGCUCUUGGCACCUGAGAUUUUAAAAGGUGCACAUAUUUUCUUCCUAUCACCGAAGUCAUAGACACAAAGACAGACGUUAUAAGUUCAUGAAUAUCUGGGGAGAGUGCAGAUAUCCAUGAAUAUGCUCUCAAUAAACCCACUAGAAGGAAAUAAAAUACGUUUUUACUCCAUGGAAAAAAUGGCCCGCAUGUAUAGUAACCACCAAUAUUUAUUGAGCCUGAGGUGAAUAAUUUACUGUAAAUACACAGGUGAUUAUUUAAAAAAAUCAUAUUAAAAGUUAUUUAUUUCAAACUUCAAAGGCAGCAUGCAAAUGUAAUAACGGUGUGGCACAGACUUGUUUAUUUAUCUUAUCGACAUUAACUCACAUAAAAUACUUUGCUUUGAAAUUGAUAAAAUAAAUCACAAUCCCACCUUACUUUUAAAUAGUUUUAGACCAAACUUCAUAAUAUCUUUAGUGCGUUUAGGAACAGCAUUUUCUUUUAUCAUUUGUAAUUCUUCCUCACUUACGAUGACGAAGCGAUUGCUGAGUCGCUUGAGGUGAUGAUCGAGAAAUAGUCUGAAUUUCUCAACCAGUCAGCGCCCACGAUUUUCUAUAAACACUUCUGUAUUUAUACUAAAAAACAUUAUAAGAGAGAAGAGCCUGUUAUGUUUACAACGUACACCUACACAUUCAUGCAAUUAUCUAAUCAAUAACCAACCAAUCAUAUAACAGAAGUACAAGGCAGAAAAUCAUGAAGAUACUCGCCAACAGCUUCAGGUAAUGUACACACUGAAUGGUGCAAUAAAAAUAAAAAAAAUCCAGUGGCUGUAUUUGUAAGACUGAUUUAGUUUGUAGUGAUGUGAGUGUCUUGAUGGCUUGUCUGAUGUGUAAACACUUUUUUGUUCUGUUAUGUUAAAUAUGUCUUUAUUGCAUUGUGAUGCACUGCACCUGAUUGUUUACCAA